ACUCGUGUGCUAAUCAAUGGAAAAUGAGGUUCCUCAGGGUCUUGGGUGUCGUGUAUUUGGCUGCUGUCUGCUUAGCCCAGGAUCCUCUUCAUGACACCUCCACCUUCAGGGUCGGUUUCGCAACCAGUUCAAGGUCAAAUGUCACUGAGGCUAUCGAUGUCACCUCCACGUUUACGGACAUUUUGCCAACCAACCAAGCGUCGACUGAGAACCAGACUAUCUAUGAGCCUCCCGUCCCAUCAUUGUCCUUGAAGUCACCUUGGUUGGAAGUCUUCCCGUUUGAGAACGUAGAGCUUCGUUGUCGCAUCAAUGACAGCUCUGAUUGGAGCUUCACUUGGUACAAAUCUGGGAAUCUGGUCCAAGAAACAGACCCAAAUUUCUCCUUUAAUUUAUCGUCCGGUGCGGUGCUGACGAUCGUUGCAGCGUCUCCAGCAUACUCCGGAAUGUAUCGAUGUCAAGGUCAUCACAAAGUCAAGGGCAAUUCCAUUAACAGUGAACCACUUCACUUGAAAGUCCACCCAAACAAACCCAGUCCAACUUUGACCCGGAAUCCAAACCUGGAACUCAUGUACCCGGGAGAAUCGGUUACCUUCCGAUGCAGGAUUCAGAUCUCAUCCGGUUGGGAUUAUAUGUGGUAUCAUAAUGACCAGGAAAUCCAAGAAUCCAAUACUUUUAGAGUGGAUUCUUUGGUACCAUCCGAUACUGGACGGUACCACUGCAAAGCCAAGAGAGGAAAAACUCCUUUCUACUCGGAACCGAGUGAAACAUCUACCUUGCAGGUAUCUGAACCACCGACACCGACUCUGAAUCAUGUGACUUCCUGGUUAGAUGUCUUUGAAAACGAGACCGUGGAGCUGACUUGUGAUAUGAACAGCUCUGAUUGGACGUUCGCUUGGCGCAGAAACGAAAAGCCACUCCCGAAAGACCCUGCGCUGGAGUUAAGCGCAGGAGGGUCUCUUCUCAAUAUCACCUCAGCUUCCCAAGUUUUCCAAGGAAAAUAUGCUUGCAAAGCACAACACAAAUCCAGGAAUGUCACCACUGCGUUCAGUAACACUGCAAUUGUUCAAGUUUAUGAAAACACCCCCAAACCAUCACUGAGCAAAGAUCCCGUCUUGAACUCCAUGUACGUCGGAGAAAACACAACGUUCACCUGCAAAGUCGAUGUGGCAAACGCUUGGGUGUACCGAUGGUACAAAGAUGGAAAGCAGCUUAACGCCACGGAUCGAACCCUCCAAAUCAGCCACCUCAGUCCUCACCAUGCAGGGACUUAUCGGUGCCGGGCCACCAGAGGACAAAGAACAUCAACUUACUUAAGUGACCAGAUGAUUCAAGAUGUUCUUGAAAUUCCUGUUCCAUCUUUGUUACUCGGCACUGAAUGGGUGGACGUGUUCCCUACUGAGAGCGUGACACUGAGCUGUGAAAUAACAAAAACUUCUGAUUGGAUGUAUACGUGGCAAAGAGACGGUCAGGCGAUCCAAAGAGAUGCCGGUGUGUCUUUGGGGUCGGAUGGACGGACUCUGUCCAUCGUCUCUGCUUCAUCCCAUCACCAAGGACAAUACAGCUGCUCAGGGAAGCUGAAAAGCAGAUCUGUCAGCAGCGAUUCUUCUUCUGGAGUAGAAAUCCUUGUCUAUGACCACAAACCCCAAAUAGUUCUGGUGCGGGACCCCGACUAUAUUUUAAUGCACGAUGGCGAUUCAGUCUCCUAUAGCUGUCAUGUCAAUGUCUCCUCCGGAUGGGAAUAUCGCUGGUACAAAGAUGACGCUCCACUUCCUGUAUCUGGAAACAACUACACCAUAAGUCCUGUCUCGGUAAGAAACACCGGAUCAUACCAAUGUCAAGCAAUAAGAGGGAGAACCAGCGGUAUCUAUCAGACGCAGCAAAGUGUGCCUUUAAGGCUCCAAGUUGAAGAGCGUCCGUCAGCAAAUAUCGUCGUCUUAACCGGCUGGUCUGAGGUCUUCUCCACUGAUAGUCUGGUGCUCCAGUGUGAGGUCAAAGGAAGUGAGGACACAUGGAACUACACAUGGUUCAGGAAGGGGGACAGGAUUGGGAACUCAUCUUCGGACAAAUACACAGUUACACCCCAAAACGACCCGGAGCAGAGUCAAUACACUUGCCAGGGGAUUCGAACCGGGAGACCCGCUUACUCUUCAGAAAGUUAUUCUCUCACAACAAAGAAUCUUUUGUUGAAGAGGCGGGUUCUUCUUUCAAUAUCCGGGUGUAUCCUCUUUGGAAUUGUUGCCGUUUUCUGCGGAUGCGUUAUUCUAAAAAUUACCAGGAAAACAGAUGACAAUGAAGAUAGGCCGGAGGACGGCGAAAUGUUCCUCACCAUGGCUCAGCUGAAGGAUCGAGUUGAUGUUCCUUGUCUAUUGGUUGAUUACAUCACAGAUACAGAACUCAAUGCGCCAGCAAAAGAAAGCGAGGACAUUAUGUGCAGUGAAACAACGCAGCUACCUGAAAUCAAACAGGAAGACCAGGCCGCGACGACGGAGAGCACUGACACCCCAAAGGAAGAUGGCGCUCUGCUUUCCUUUCAACGCUGAACCCCCCCCCCCCCCCUCCCCGACCAUGCAUGCAUUUCAAUUUUAAAAAUCUAUGGAAUAUUGGGUAGUCGAAAUAGAAAAGUCAAACUAUUUAACUCUUGGUGGUGUCAAUAAAAAGUCAA